UCCCGGGCAGCAAAGUGAGGGAAGGAGCAGACAGAGAGAGAGCGAGAGAGAGGGAGUAGCAGUAGCAGUAGCAGUAGCAGCGAUUGUGCAGCAGACUUUCGUGCGCUCCUCUGACUUAUACUUACCCAACCCUUGCUUACCCCUUACUGCUCUCAAGUGUUACCCCCAUCCCCAGAGGGGCGAUGCAAUUUAGCCUGUCCCAUUAGAGCAGCGCCGCGCACACUAACCAGGAUCAUUGAUCGGCACCAUGGACACCUCCAGGACCAGCUUGUUCUUGUGCUCGGUGCUGUACAGCUUGCAAUUGGUCGGCUCUGUCCGACCCGGGAAACAGCAAAGAAGCUGUCCGAGCCCAUGUGAGUGCGAGCAGGACGGGAUGUUGGUGAGAGUGGACUGCUCCGACCGGGGACUGACUGGUCUUCCCAGGAACCUCAGCAUCUUCACUUCUUACCUUGAUCUAAGUAUGAACAACAUAACCAAGCUGCCUUCCAGUGCACUGCACAACCUGCACUUCUUAGAAGAGCUACGUCUUGCAGGAAAUGACUUGACAUACAUCCCCAAGGGAGCUUUUGCUGGGCUCGGCAGCCUCAAAGUUUUAAUGCUACAGAACAACCUGUUAAGGCAGGUACCAAGUGAAGCUCUUCACAACCUCCGCAGCCUUCAGUCACUGCGGUUGGAUGCAAACCAUAUCAGCUAUGUUCCACCAAACUCUUUCAAUGGUUUAUUUUCCCUCCGUCACCUCUGGCUCGAUGACAAUUCCUUGACUGAGAUUCCCAUGGGAGCACUUGAAAGCUUGUCUGCAUUACAGGCUAUGACCUUGGCACUUAACAAGAUUCAUCAUAUACCAGAUUAUGCCUUCAGAAACCUUUCAAGCCUGGUAGUUCUCCAUCUCCAUAACAAUAGAAUCUACUCCCUGGGAAAGAAAUGCUUUGACGGGCUCCACAGUCUGGAGACUUUAGACUUGAACUAUAAUAAUCUAGAUGAAUUUCCUGCUGCUAUCAAAACCCUGAAGAACCUUAAGGAACUGGGAUUUCAUAGUAACAACAUCAGAUCUAUCCCUGAACAAGCAUUCAUUGGCAACCCUUGGCUAAUCACAAUUCACUUCUAUGACAACCCUAUUCAACAUGUGGGAAGAUCGGCCUUUCAACAUUUGCCCGAGCUUAGAACAUUGAUUCUUAAUGGGGCUUCACAAAUCACAGAAUUUCCUGAUCUGACUGGAACUACAAGCCUGGAAAGUCUGACACUGACAGGAGCACAGCUUGUCUACCUUCCCAGCGCAGUCUGCAGUCAGCUGCCUAACCUGCAAGUGCUAGACUUGUCAUACAAUCUCAUAAAGGAUUUACCAAGUUUCUCUGGUUGUCAGCGACUGCAGAAAAUAGAUCUGCGUCAUAACGAAGUCUAUGAAAUUAGAUCCACCACCUUUCAGCAGCUGGUUGGCCUUCGUUCCCUAGACUUGGCAUGGAACAAGAUCGCUGUCAUCCAUCCUAACUCUUUUUCUUCUUUGCCGUCUUUAGUCAAAUUGGAUCUGUCAUCCAAUCAUCUGACCUCAUUCCCUGUGACAGGCCUUCAUGGUUUGACUCAUCUAAAGCUCACAGGAAACUCUGCCCUUCAGGAUCUGAUUCCAUCUGAACAUUUCCCAAAGCUCAGGGUCAUGGAGAUGCCGUAUGCCUACCAGUGUUGCGCCUUUGCAGUUUGUGAAAAUCUAAAGCAUUUAGGGCAGAUGAACAAAGAUGAAAACAGCAGUGCUGAUGAUUUCUAUCGCAAAGACAUAGGAUUGCUGCACCUUCAAGAUGACCGAGACUUUGAGGAUUUUCUGCUCGACUUUGAAGAAGAUGUAAAAGUGCUUCAUUCAGUACAAUGCACACCUUCUGCAGGACCUUUCAAGCCUUGCGAUCACCUUUUUGGAAGUUGGCUGACCCGAAUUGGAGUGUGGCUUAUAGUGCUCCUAUCUUUUGUUUGUAAUGCUUUGGUGAUUGCUACAGUCUUCCGACCUCUAUCAUAUGUACCUUCCAUAAAGCUUCUGAUUGGCCUAAUAGCCGUUAUGAAUACACUGAUGGGCUUGUCCAGUGGUGUGCUAGCAACUGUUGAUGCCUUAACCUUUGGCAACUUUGCUCAGUACGGUGCAUGGUGGGAAAGUGGUGUGGGCUGCCAGAUAACUGGUUUUCUGUCAGUUUUCGCAGCAGAGACCUCAAUCUUUCUUCUUACCAUUGCAGCAUUAGAGCGGGGUUUCUCCAUUAAAUGUGCGACAAAAUUUGAAACAAAAUCUUCAUUCAUAAGUGUCAAACUUUCUAUUGUCUUUUGCUUUCUCCUAUCCAUUGUUAUUGCAGUUUCACCAUUGCUGAGUGGAAGUACCUAUGGGACUUCUCCAUUGUGCUUUCCCUUGCUCUUUGGGGAUUCCUCUUCUAUGGGCUUUAUGGUAGCUUUGGUUCUUCUAAACUCAUUAUGCUUUCUUGUGAUGACUGUUGCCUAUACAAAACUCUACUGCUCUUUAGAAAAAAGCGAAUUGGAAAAUGUAUGGGAGUGCUCAAUGGUAAAACAUAUAGCUUUGCUGCUCUUCUCAAACUGCAUCCUAUACUGCCCUGUAGCCUUACUGUCUUUCUCCUCACUCUUAAAUCUAACAUUCAUCAGCCCGGAAGUGAAUAAGUCAAUACUGUUGUUGAUAAUCCCACUCCCUGCAUGUUUGAACCCUCUGCUUUACAUACUUUUUAAUCCACAUUUCAAAGAAGAUAUUGGAAGUCUUAAAAAUGAAGACAUGCUGUGGAGUAGAUCUACACACACAAGUUUGGCCUCAGUCAGUUCUGAAGAUGCUGAAAAGCAGUCGUGUGAUUCUACACAAGCUCUUGUAACCUUUGCAAGCUCCAGCAUAUCAUAUGAUUUGCCAGCAAGCAGCAAAUCAUCUUCCUAUCAAACGUCUAACAACUAUAAACUUUCAGCAGUGGCAUUUGUUCCUUGUCACUAAAAUCAGUUGUGAGUUACCAUAAUACUUGUUUCCUAGGUGCUCAUGCUAAGUAUAAUGAAUGCCUUGCAGAAAAGUGCCUGUAAAUAUAAAUGGGGAAAAACAGUGGCUCCCGCCCACUUCCUGCCUCCAACCACUUCUCAUCCUGACUCCGCCCCUGCACAGUUCAGACUCUGUCGAUGCCCAGACCUUACCUGCCCACCCAGACUCCACCCGCCCCACCCAGACUCCACCCACUAUGCUGAUUCGCUCUCUUUCCCCACUGCGGGUAAGAGAACGGCUGAGGAAGGGUUCUUGUUGGCUAUAGAGGAAGCAGACUGGGCCUCCCUGCAACUGCGCAGACUGCUUCCACUAUAGUUAUGCCACUGGGGAAAAAUAUCAAGAACGCCUUUUUCCUUCUCCUAUCAGUCAUCGUUAAAAUUGGUUCACAAUCUGACACCUAGAAUUCUUCAUUGUUUUUCAGCUUUAGCUUGCGUUUCACCUUGCCAUUUAUUGAAGUAAAGCAUACCAAAAAUGAUCUCCAGAAAAUUAAUAGAAUAUCUAUGACUCUGAUUUCUAUUUUUCUGGUCAGAAGAAUAAUGGUGUUGCAACUCCAGUGUUGUUUUCAUAUUGAACGUGUUGACUUUUUAUAUUAUAAAACAAAUAAGAUAACCACUACAUGACUCUACAUACUAUUUCUCAACAUAGUUUUCACCCAGCUAGAUAGACAUGGCCCCAUAAUAAUAAUAAUAACAACAAUAAAAUCUUUUGGAAGAGGUUAGCUGCAUCCAAGUUUGUGAAAAGACAAAAGUACAAAUUUAAGUGAGUAAUAACUGUUUCAGUUUGUUUUACACACACUAAGGGAGUUAUUCACUCAAAAUAUAAUUUAGUAGCAACAUUUACUACUCAGGAGUAAUAAAAAACCUUUCAACUUACUGUGCAAAGCAUGGUGGUUGAUUAAAAUCAUUUUGGCCAACUAUUUAGGACACUACACUGCUUCCUCCAUCUGCCACAUCUCUGAGUGUCAGAGGAGUUAAAUAAUAUCCUGAAAUUGAAAUGAAAUAAAAUUAAACCUUAGGCAUUUCAGAGAGGUCGCAAUUCAGUGUAGACACAAAACAGAUGGGGCCUAACUUAUUCAUGCAUGUGCUGCUCUCCACAGUUGAACCUCAAUAAUACUGCCAAAUGUUGUAGCCAGGGACAGAUUGACUGUUUGGUAAGUUGCUUGUUGAGUGCAUGGAGGGUUCCAAAAGAUGUACUUGCGUUCCUCACACAACACAUGACCAUCAGGUGUUAUGUAUCUUGCUAUUAAUCAUCAAAUUUAUUUAUCUAAAGUGUUAUGGAUAUAGAAAAACAAAACAGGAUACAUCCACUUUAAGGUUUCAUUAAUGAAAUCCUUUUUUUGAAACGUGGGUGAUUCUGCUCUCUUUUAUUAUGGCUUUAAAGGACAACCAAAAUGACCACAUGCAAUAUAGCCUGGCUUUCCACUUUUUCGAAAAGCAGGAUCUACGAGAGCUUUCUGUGCCUUACUGAACAUGCUUCUAGAAAUAAUUCUGGGUAAUGAGUGUGCUCAACAGAUCAUUGCACAAAUAUAUUGCUCUGUUUGUUUAGUUUUACUUUAACAUGGUCCAUCUGUUUAAUAUGUUAUAAGUUCCUUUUCUGCUGCAUAUUUCAAAUGUUCCAUAUUUGUAUAAAUAAUAAGGAAUGUGGCUUGAUCAUAUUCACAUUCCUCCUUAAAAAGGCGUAUUUACCUCCCAAAAAAAAAGUGCAUUUCAUAAAUGUUUUGAAAUAGGAGUAAAGUAACAACAGUUUUGGCUUUUGAAAAUGGACGCCCGCGAUUUCAGACUCUGUAAUCUUUAGAAUAUUUACAGAAUGUUUCAACAAUUUCUAUUUAAUUGUUUAGAUAUUUGCAGAGAGAAAAACUGAAGCAAUCUAAUUUGUUUCAAAGCUAAUUAAUCUUCACUGUAAAAUUAUUAACACAUGAAAUAUUGGCUCCACCAGUCAGAAGGAUGACACCUAUAGCUUUUUAUAUACGACUUUGGAGUUGUUGAACUCUGUCCACUGGUGACAGCAACAUCCAAUGUAGUUCGAAAAUCAUGCCUUGAGGUUGUAAUCACUGAUGAUCUCAUCUUAUUACGCUCAUGACAGUGAUUGCUUAAGAUCAUGUUUUAUUUGCUUUAGAUCCCUCAAAGCAACAUUUAGCUGUACUUUGUAUUGUAAUCCUGUUUCAUGUUGCAUUAUUCCAGCACUAAAGAAUACUUACCAAUGGUAGAAAGCUUUAAUUCCUAUUUUAUCUCAUGGGUCCUACUAAAUAUUUUCCAAAACCACUUUUUUAUUGAACAUUUAAUGUCAAAACCCCCUCGAGACUAUCAUGGAAUGUCUGUCCUUAGUAAUGUUAGCAAAUUGCCAAUUAACCAGAAAUAUUUUACGGUUUCUGUAAAUAGAAUCCAAUUUUCAGUGUUUAUUGUCACUCUGUAAGCUGCAGUUAUUGGAUGGUGGGACAUAUAAUAUGAGUUGAAAUUAUUGUGGCCAUCUGGUAUGUCCUGCAUGGUUGGAACUGUAGAAAUAUUUUCCCCAAUGUCAGUGACGAUUGGCCAUCUACUUCAUAAUAUAGAAUUGGAAUAUAAGUAUAAGUACGCUCACAGAGACCUUAAAGGCUGAGUAAACCUUAUUCUGCAGGGGUAUAAGACAAACAAAUGUGGAGAUUGCAAGGAAACUUAGAACCCCAAUAAAUAUAGGGAGGGUACUGGAGGAUUUGCUGUUUGAUACAAUCCAAAGCUAAGGGAUCGUUUAACAUUUUUACGCCAUGUAAACAGGAUUAACUUUUUUGUAGAAACAUGUAAAUCACUUAAAGUUGUACCACACUUUAAGCUCUAUUCAUAUAAAUAGAUACUCUAAGUUUUAUUUUUAUAAGCAUGUUUGAAGUAUUGUGCUUAGAUGUUAUAACAAAAAAAAAAUCAGAAUUUUUUUAUGGGAUUUGUAAAUAUAGAACCGUAUUUAUUACUUUAAUAAAGGUGCAUUAACAUCAAAAGACACACAUGGAAUGGAUAUCUUCAAAAUGUGUUCUCUGCUCAGUCUUUCUAUUUGAGGCUGUUACUGUAUGUGUAUAUGUUGUAUAUAUAUAUAAGUCUAGUGGCUGUACAUAGAUGAUAUGCUUGGUUGCUUUUUUUUAUUGGAUACAACAAAUAUAUACAAUUUAUAAUAAAAUAUCUGAUGAAAUAAAAAAA